AUGGCUACCGGGUUGGAUGUCUGGCUUAUCCCCAUCACUCAAUGGGGUUGCGUGCAACUCGUCACCGCAUUAGCCGUGGCUCUGACGCCGUCCCAAUCAGCUCUGAGAUCCGCAGCUGCAGUCAUCGUCGUGGCUCUGGCAUACUCUUUUCAAUGUCGAAUCAACGAGGCGCUGAGUGAUACGAGAGCCGGAGGUCCCUUGGUAGCCAUGUGCUGGGUGAACGUCUUAAAUGCCAUGGAUUUGCUAGUAUGGAGACGUAUCGCAUAUGAGGACCAAAUACAAUGGGAACAAAAUACGCAUCUACCUCAUUCCACUACCAAUCGCCCAAGGACCGUCUCGAACAGACAUCUCUGGUCCUUCGCCAUCGCGUUCAACUACCGUCGCAUAAACACCCCCUGGCAGAUCGCAAAACUGCCUCGUUUCGACGAGUCGAAUCCCCGGUAUGUCCCGACGCGCGGGAAGUUUCUCCUCGUCUGUGUGAUGAAAUUAUGCGUCGCCGUCGUGUUUCUGUCGCUUUUUAUUAUCGAUGCGAAUGAUCCCUAUCUACCUGGUGCUAUUGGUGGGCUAGCCCAUCGGGACUCCGUGCUUCUGCCUUGGGUAUAUGCGGCUUCUACUCGUAGGGCUAUUAUCCAAAUGUGCUUCGUCAUCUCGUUUGGUGUCGUCUGUAGAGCGACUAUUGUCGCGGGGUAUAACUUGAUGGCUAUCGUGGCUGUGGCUGGACGCAUCUAUGAUCCUGUAGAAUGGCCACCGAUUGCUAGCUCUCUGACAGAGGCAUACUCGUUACGACGAUUAUGGGGAACCGCAUGGCAUCAAACCCUACGUGAGCUCCUAACAUCCAACGCAGAUGUAAUCACGUCCUCCCUGCUGCGUAUCCCCCGCGACUCUAAGUGGGCUCGCUAUCCGCGGGUGGUCAUUGCCUUCGUCCUCUCCGGGCUCUUUCAUACCGGUAUGGACGUGGCGUUCGGGAUAUCGCUGGACGACAGCGGUGCCCUGCGGUUCUUUUUUCUCCAGGCUGUGGGCAUUCUUGUUGAGAAUGCGUUUCAAUCCGUGUUCCGUGAUCAUGUGAAGAAGGUGAGCCCAAUUAUGCAGCGUGUAGCAGGGUACAUUUGGGUCUGUGCGUUUCUCCUGUGGGUGUCUCCGGUCUGGCUUAAUCCGAUGCUUCUUGCCCUGUUUCGGGAUGGGACGCCUUUGUUUUCGCCUUUUUUGAUGUUUAAAAGUCGACCUAUCUAG